ACGACGGCGACACAACAAAUCGUUCACGAGAAAUCAACUUUUUAUCAAAAUAGUUGCCCCUACGGGUGGUUUUAUAUUAUUUUAGUAUGGAGUUUGUAUUCUAAGGAUGUCAGUGCUUAGCCUGAUACCAGAAGACAGGAAGAAAGAACAAAGAAAAGAAUCGCUCGAGAGCGUAUACAGCAGCAACUCCCGGCUCAACUUGCUCAACAAGCGCAAGAGACUCAACCCACUCAACGACGCGAUGUCCAACCAUUCGCUCAACGGUCGUCCGGACAAGUUCGUGACUCAACGAGUGCUGUCGGCGAAAACUCACCGAGUUAAACAACUGCAGAAUCAGCUCGCUGAUGCGCAUUAUCACCUACAGGAACUGAGCAACGAGAACCGUGUUUUACGAGCUCUGCAGAAGAAGCAAGAGAUCGCCCUGCAGAGGUAUGAGAACUCAAACGCGGAGCUGCCACAAGUCCUCAACUCUCACAGUGAGGAGAUGCGAGUGCAGCAGACGAAGUACAAACAGCUGAAGCAACAGUACAAGGAGACCGCGCAGAAGUUGAAAGAGAGAGACACGCAGCUGCAGCAACUUAAAGACGAACAUCAACAUUUGUUGGAGCUGAGCAAAGAUCGGAAUCUUCUAGAACGCGAAAAGCUCCAAGCGCAAGUCGCAGACCUCACCCUAAAAGUGAACUCCCAGAAUGAGACCAUCAGCAUGCUGCAGCGGCGCAUAGCACUGGAAGCGAAGAAUUUCAGGCACCAGCUGCAGAACGAGAUCAACAAGCACAAGGACACCAGGCACGACUUGGACCUCGCUAUCACCAAUGCUGACAAACUGUCUACUAUCAUCGAGAUGAAGGAAAAGAUGUUAAGUACGGCCGCCAGUCGUUCUGUAAAAUCACCAGUGAAAUCUUCAUCUUUAACGACCAUACCGCGACCAGUCAGUAAGAAUAAACCCGGACAAGAAAACACUCGAUCUGAUGAGCGUAAUGUAGAACAAUCUUUCCUCGCGAAACUUUGUGAAAACUCGCGAAACAUCAGCAGUGCAAUGUCGCAUGAUGACACCUCCUCUUCGACUGAACCGCGUUCAGCAUACGCCAGAAGCAGAACCAAUUCCACGAGCAGAUCUACUCCAAACCCGAGAAAACCUUCCAAGAGUUCUUCUGACGAUAACAUGUUGGAGCUGGCUAAGACUGUUCAGGAUGGAAUGGCUGAUUUGGCAAUUUUUGAUGAAGUUGACUUUCAAAAUACACAUCCAGAUGAAGUACAGAAAAAGAUAGAAUCUAUGAAAGCGGAUCUGCUUACUAAAAUUAAGAUGAAUGAAGAGCCAUCAUCUAGAAAGUCAAGUGCUUUGAGAAGAGGGUCUAUAGAACAUUCUAUCGAAGAACAAAUUGAGGAAGAGGAGGAAGCAGAAGAACGACCAAAAUCACGAGGCAGAAGGCAUUCUAAUGUGUCAUUCUACGAUGACGUUACGGUUGAAGAAACUACUACGACAGUUAAAAUUAACAGCCAUAAUAUGAUAGAAAAUGAAAUAAUGAAACCUAAACGAGAGGUCAGUAAUUUGGAUAGGACAUUAGGGAGUGCAGAUAAAGAUAGGGUUAUGCCAAAACGUGAAAACAGUAAUUUGGACAAGAAAUUGGCCGGCAAACCAAUUGAUAAAUACUGCAAGGAUAUCAUUCAAGAUAUAGAAAAGAGCAGUAAAGUCAUAGAUAGACACUUAAAGCAAUUUAAAAGCUCCCAAUUUGAGAGUGAUAAAUUGGUGCAGCAAUUGCAAGUUGUCGAUAAAAUUAACGAUUAUGUUAAUACAAAUGGUGAAAUACCAACGGAAGCAUUGACAGAAUUAAAUAAUAAUUUUAAAAUGUUGACAGAUCAAGUAUUUACUGAUAUACCAGUCCCUAGGAAAAGGUCUUUGUCAGGUAGAAGAGGAUCUAGAACAGAAUCCAAAACCAAUUUGCUCGGAGACUCAAAUUUGACUAAUCAGGAUCUCUUAGAUGAUUUACUUGGAAAAAAAUGAUGGAAGUCAGAAUGAUGAUUGAUGUUGAGUAUUGCUUUUUACGAACGUUUAUUGAGAAGACACCAAUAAAUAUAUAUAUAGCCGAUAUUAAUCUAUAAAUGUUGGUUGAUGAAGUAUCCGUAUUGUUGAAAUAAAAGAAACUUAUGUCAAUAAAUUGUGUCCAAUAAGUCACAAUCAGAAAUGUAUAUCAAGCCUUAAAAUUUCUUGAUUCUCUUUGACCGAUCCUUGUAAACAAUAUUCGAGACCACUAAAAUAGAUCCAUACAGUAUAUGCACUAAUACUUACAAGGCGUAAGACGACGCAGUUUUUCAGAAAAAACCUAUUUCAGUUUCAGUUCUCAUAUUGUAGUGUCUGUUUAUUAAUAUGUUUCGGUGUACUUAUGUAAUUUAUUAUAUUAAUACAGUCAUCUCUGAUAUAAAUAGUAGAGAAACAAGCAUACGGCCAAAAUAUUUACCGCAACCUAUGAAAACCUGAAGAUAAGGUUUAGGUCAACGGUAAUAAAUGUUUUGUUUGGAACUAUAAUUGAGGAAAUAUGCAAAAAAAUAUGAAAGUUAUGAAGGAUAUUACUAGAAAUAAAGGAUUUUGUGACCAAAUUAUUCCUACUUUAGGUACAGAGUGGUUUUGUGUGACGAGUGUUUUUUAAACCGAUGUAUGUAUGUGAGAUUUUAUAGAUUGUUAUUAAUAUUAUUGAUGAGUGAGGAUAGAUUAUUAUAUUUUUGAGACUUAA